AUGAAGUACAGAAGAAAUGCAUUAUGCAUAAAUGUUCUUAUACUACAAGUAGGAUUCAUUUGCAUGUUUUGGAGCGGUUUGUAUAUAGUUCAAGGCGCAGAAAUAAUUAGAGAUGCCUGGAAUAGAAAAAAACAAUCGAAACCCCAAGUAUUGCAUGAAAGAAAAACAGGUUCGUCAGUACGAGAUAUAAUAAAUGCUUUUGAGAAAUCUGCGCUUUUACACAGUGAAAGAAGCAAUAAAUUCAGUGCCAGCACACAAGCCAAAAAACUCUAUAAGAGUCAUAUAAAAAUCGGACAAGAGCUUGAUGGAGUUGAUAAUAAGAAAGAUAAUAUAGAAUUAAGCAAACAGCUAGAUGUUAGAAGUGAUGAACAGCUCUCUUUUCAACAGAAUAAAAAUAUAAAACCACUAACUUUUGCAGAACAACAAGCACUUUUGGCAAAUAAAAGACAGGAUGCAAUUCUUGCAAAAAAUGUAUAUCUAGAAGAGUAUAAAGGAGUCAACUCUAUUUAUACAAAAAGAGACAAUGCUACAUUAAUAUAUUUAAAAGAGUUAAAAGCAGUACAGAAUAUACGAAAUAUAAUUAGACAAUACUAUUUAUUAAACCUGCCAUGCAUUCCAACUGGAAAAUUCCCAGAAUAUGAUGAAAAUAUGAAGAAAAUCACGAAAAUGUCUUUAGAGGUAGCAAGGUUAGAGCAAGAAAGAGUAUAUUUUUCUGAACUGCACAUGAAACAUAGAAAUUUGCUUUCUAUUAAAAAAGAGGAGAUUGAUUCCUCAAGAGACCAAUAUAUAAAGUAUUUAGACUGCUUAAUAGACUGUCAAAAAAAAAAUGAAAAGGCAGUAGACGCAGAGCAUAAAUCCUUAGAAGCUAUAUUGGCUAGAGAAAUUCUAUUCUAUACAGUGCGGCAAAAAGAGCUUGAUUAUAAAGUGCAUCUAGUAGACGGGCUGUCUUCAUUAACUGUGGUGACAGAAGCGCACUUAAAAUAUCAGCCAUACUUAAAAAGUCUUAUUGCCAAGAUAAGUAAUAUAAAUAACAUGCAGAAAGAGUGUCUAUUGAAGAUAACUAAAAUGAAAAAUAUGUAUCUAAUGUAUGACAAGAAAGCUACUGAAUAUGAAAAUCUUGCUAGGCAUGUAUAUUUACAGAGAUAA